UAAAUUAAUCAACUCGAGGAAUACACCACAUUAAAGGGAAACCUGAGGAUGUAUAGAGUAUAACCCAGCCAAAGGAAUUAAUAAUUAAGAUGUGCAUGCUCCGCCUCUGGUUGAACGGAACCAUGUCAAGGGGUUAGUGUGGAAACAAUCACGCCGUUGUUUCAGCGCAGGUGGCUCCUUGUCAGCCCCGAAAUCAGCCCUCAUUCGUCUCUCCCUUCCCGCCCCCUCGCUCUCUUCCCUCUUCAAAGUUGUGCUUCUCUAACCUUUGCCGUUCAUUCGUUGUAUUCAUUCUUUCCAAUAUCUCCUGCCUAGGCCUUGAUGCGGCCUUUUUCGUUUUUGGCACCAUCACCUAUUGCGAUUCUCCUGGACUGAGAAUGGAAACAUCGGUCGCGUUCGAAUACCAAAUCCCGCUCUCUUAGCUCAUUCUUGCUCGAGGUCGAAACAACCGUUUGCGAAAAUUCGGAUAUCCUGAACUCGCAGUGCUGGCGUCGUUUAUGACAGCAUUUAGAAAAGUGACAUUCGUCCAUCAAAAAUUGCAGUCUGGUGCUGUCCGAUAUUGUUCCUCUUCUGAUUCCCUCCCACUGGCAACCCAGAGGAGAAAAGCAAUGACCUUUGCCUUUCCUUAUCGAUUAAAUCCGUUAGACCACGCGUUUCGAACCCCAAACAUCGUCAAUCCCUUUUCUCGAUAGCUCUGGUAGCUUUGCUGUCCUUUUUGGCUCUGCAUCCCUAUUCCUUGCAGUGUGUACACUGCGAUUACAUGGAUUACUUCUCUUACAAUUGUCGUUCAACGGACCAUCGAAUGCGAUGUCGCUCCCAAAGCCCCCUGUUCGCCUGGAAGGGCAUUGCUCCAUCAUUUUCGAUAAUACGCUCUAUGUCUAUACUCCCAAGGCUUUUCUGUCUCUACCGCUAAAGCGAAAUUCUAGUUGGAAGAAGCUUCCAAUGGGCGAGCCUGUGAAGGGCGCGACCUGCGUAAAGGGAAGUGUUGAUGGCAAUCCAAACAACCUCGGUUUCUACGUUGUUGGCGGGAAGAGUAGUUCUCCAGACUACCUUGGACUCCAGCGGUAUUCCUUUGCGGCUCGAAAGUGGGAAACCAUCUUUCCAGUUACAAAGGAUGUUCAGAAUCGUAUAGACCAUGCCGCGAUUUAUCUCAAUGCCUCUGCCUCUCUUCUCGUAUAUGCAGGCUCGCAAGUCGGAGACAAUAACCCCUCAACUCAGUCUUUCGUGAUUUCCGUCACACCCCCAUAUAAUGUGCAGUCCUAUAAUUCUUACGUUCCCCCUGCCUUUCGUCCGAUGUUAUUACCUUGGAGCGAGGAUAAGGCAGUUAUGAUCGGUGGCUCCCCACAGAAUACAAAAGUAUUUGCGUUCAGCGUUACAGAAGGGUGGCAUGACACAGGCGCUGCCCUACCAAAUCCACUGCCUGAUGAUCCCAGUGUGCAGUGUGCGAUGGUUUUUGGUGUUGACGGGAGCAGAAUCCUGGAAAUCUUUGAUAUGGGUAUCUCCCCAAACUUGGUUACUAAAUAUGCGAUGUUAAUGCCAGGAGGUACCCCGGCUCCACCUGGUCAACAAGUUGGGGCGGACAACUCAAACGCCAGAAGCAAACCUGCUAUCAAAAACCAAAAACGGGACGUUACUCUUGACACGUAUCCUCCGUAUGAUAACACUUUCGCUCCCACGACAACUCGUAGUGGGUUUUCGCUUGCUCAGGAUGCAAAUGGGUUGGUUGUCAUAUCCGGGGGAAGCGAACAAGAUUCACUAGUAAUUUUCGAUCAAUCAAGAAAUCGCUGGGUUGACACAAGCAAAUUUUUUGUCGGUACGACCACGAGUGUCGAGUCAACAAGCACGCCCACACCAUCCAGCACUCUUGAUCUGUCGACCCAGGUGGUGUUGACUGCAUCAUCUUCUCCAACAUCUUCGGAAACGUCUUCGGAUGUGCUGUCGAACAAUAACCAUGACUCCGGCAGACGAACUCUAACCAUAAUUGGCGCGACACUCGGAGCCCUUUUGGGUUUGGCGGCGCUUCUUAUUAUUCUCCUGCUACUUCUUGGAUGGAGAAAGCGCAGAAAUAAGUGUUCACACAAUGGAAAUGCUACACAUCGUUCAACCGACGGUGAUAAUUUUGAUUUCCAGGACCAAGGCAUGGAACCUUUGACUCGCAACGUUCAACCAAUGGGACGAGGCCCCGUUCCAUCGACAGACUCAUGGGCCAUAGUGACCGGUCAGGUGGAUGGCAGCAUUGCCAAACAGUCACCUACCGCGUUCAAUGAGCUGGUUUCUGAGAAAGGCCGGAGUCCAUUACGAAAUGUCGAAACGAAUUCACCUGAAAGAUUAUCUGCCGUGUCCCAACCGGCUAUGACGGGACCUUUCGAUGAUAAUCAGCGGCAGGAUCGACACACAGAUGAAGGAUGGAGCAAAUAUUUCCAAGCCAACCAACACACCAAUAGGCCUAGCGAUCAUUCUGUGCGGUCGACGGUUUCAUCCCAAGAAUCCAAGUCAGAUUACAGAGAUAGUUCAUGGCCGCAUGCUUCCGCCGAGGUUCCAGCUUUAAGCAUUGGAACUGUGGGACACCCACAGCCAUUAGGAAAAGUAGCGUCCGGUAGUCCUAGUACUGAACAUGCUCCGGAUUUUGGAACCCACGUCGCGCAGCAUGGUUUAACCGCAAAAAUAUCUAGCGGCGAUUCAAUUAGCGUCGCUUCAGAUGACGAUCAAGAUGAUAGGAUCAACAUGUCCGGUUCCUACCUACCACAUGGCGACCCGAAUAUGCCGUUUGGUGCUUUCAAAGAAGAACGAGUGGCAAGCAGUACUUACUCCGCGAGUCUCUACCAACCAAAUGACUCGAAUUCGUUUGUGGCAUCAUCCGGGGAACAAGAGCGUCCACUAACGCGGUGGCCGCAUGAGUCCCAGGGCUCUAAGUUUUCGGAGCAGCGUACUCCGCGUGCUCAGCUUAGUUCUGAUAUAAGUUGGCUCAAUCUCGGCAAGAACAGAUGAAACGUGGAGUUCACUUUUGAAAGCUCUAGCAGUUCCCCGAACCACCACACAAAAGUGCAAUGUCGAUGUGGCUGCAACCAUCAUUGAAGCUCUAUGAUCAGGGCCAGACUUGAUGCACAGUGUCUGGCUCCUUUCUUAGGUAGGGGGACCACUGACAUUCAGCAUACGCGAUGGUAAACACAUCUAUUGCCAUGACAAAACCCUAACGACUUGUAACAUUUUCAAUAUCACUUUUCCACCUUUUCAUUGAUAUUUUUCCAAUUUUAUGGUUGGACAAGGUGCUUGCCUCACCUCAAUAACCUUUACCUUCAAAUAUUUCCCGAUCUUGCUAAAUGGCCAACUUAUCACACUUGUCUUUUCUAGUUUUCAUUCAACUCUCCUUGGCUGGUGCUAUUUUGUCUAGUUGAGCAUUUCCAUCAAUCAACUAUUCUCUGGAUAGUUUUUUGAGCUGGUCUUCUCUGGUGUCCCUGGUUUUCACUCUCAGUGGCUGCUUCAGACAACUACGUUUCCCUCAUUUUGAAUUCCGAGUCUUUCUAUUUUUGGUCUUUCGAGAAUCCGGUUGGGAUGUACUCCGUACGUUGGACUGUAAUUUCUUUCAGAGCGGCAUGGACUAAUAAUAUACCCCGAAUCGUUGGGUGGGUCACGAAUAUGUAUAAAGUCGGACUCUACCGCCUCGCAUGAAUGUGUAAGUUUCUAUUUUUUGUUCUAACGCACUGUGCCGUACUUUUUAUAUAGAGGUUUAUUUUUAUACAUCCUCAUCUCUUUCUGUCUA